AUGGCAUCUUCAUCUACACCAGCGACACCGCUGCUCUACGCAUGCGUCGCAUACAACAGCACGAUCCUCGCAGAGUGCACCACCUCGUCCGCCACAUCCCAAGUCUCCUCCCUCGCCGCCCUGAUCCUCCCCAAGAUCGACCACGCCUCGCCCCAAAAACUGACCUACACCCACGGCUCCCACCAUAUCCACUACAUCUCCGCCUCCCCCUCGGAAUACCCCCCCAACCAAUCCACCGCCGGCGGACUCACCUACCUCGUCGUCUCGGAUUCCGCGGCCGUCAACCGGCGCAUCUCCUUCGGCUUUCUCGUCGAACUCCGACGGCGCUUCCUCGCCGCGUACCCCCCCGAAACAACGGACUACGCCUCGCAGCCGCACUACGGCUGCGCGAGCUUCAACGGCGACACGCGGGGCCUGAUGGUGGAGUACGGGACGACGGCGGGGGGGCGGGACGACGCGCUGGGCAACGUGCAGCGCGAGAUGGACGACGUGCGCGGGGUCAUGACGCGCAACAUCGAGGGCCUGCUCGAGCGCGGCGAGCGCAUCGACCUGCUCGUCGACAAGACCGACCGCCUUGGCCAGGGCGCCGGCGAGUUCCGCGUGCGGACGCGCGGGAUCCGCCGGCGGAUGUGGUGGAAGAAUGUCAAGUUGAUGGCGCUGCUGGCGUUUGUUGUUGUGCUGAUCUUGGCGACCAUCGUGGUGUCGGUGAAGAGUUAG